AUGUUUGUAGUAGCUUCAUUAGUUAUGGUGGUGAUUUUGAACAUUCUCGACACAAAUUCAACCCCACUCCAUCAGUUUCAAUCAGCAAAGAGUCAUAACCUGUUCGAGAGGAUGGGUGAGGAGGUAUCUGCACUUGCAACAGUAAUUGAGCGCCAAGAAAUGAAACUUGGAGUUGGUAAAUCUUCAGGUCAGGAGUCACAAUAUCAUCCACAAGCAUGUCAAGGAUCAUAG